AUGGAAGUAGAUACGGUUGCCAACCCUGCAGCAAGCGAAGUCUCAGUUUCGGUUGGUAUCCUGUCGCUGAGCGACGAAGUCGUUAUUGAACAAGACGGUGACUACAAGAUCGAGGACGAGAAGUACUUGCCGAUUGAGUGCCAAAAAGUGCUUGGGUUUGGCCAUAGCGGUGUGGUGCAAAGGGUGGAGCACAAGCAAACAAAAGAACUGUUCGCAAAGAAGGUUAUCAAUUUUCCUCGCAAGGGCAAAGGCAGGGAACAGGCUGAGGAGCGAUACCAUAAUGAGGCUGCUAUCAUCCGCAGUCUUAGAACUCAUACUCACGUCAUUCGAUUAUUCGCUUCGUUUACGACGCCGGGCUCUGGCGGACUACUUUUGCAACCUGCUGCAGACGAAGGAGAUCUGCAUGACUACCUAGACAGAUUUGCCGACCUGGUCGAAAAACCCGCGAACUCAUCCACCAAUCUUGAAGCGAUGACCAGAGUUCUCGAACAGGCGUUUGGAUGCUUGUCAAGUGGCCUGGUAUACAUGCACAAGAGAGGGAUACGUCACAAAGAUAUCAAGCCACGCAACAUCUUGAUCCAUCAGGAACGCCCUAUUUACCACUGGGGCAGAAAAGCCGAAUCUUCCGCAUCAGACAUUCGUUCUAGAACCGAUUCAGCAAUUGAGCCGCAAAUGCCUGAGCCAGCUCCCCAAGACGUUCGUACGCUACAAGGGUUCAUAUCGGGCACGCCACAGACUGGGUGGUACGAUCGCCUAGACACUUCUUAUCGAAUGCGGACUAGUCACGAAGCGCGAGAGUUUUUCAAGGUAGGAAAGGUUUUUGCCAUGCUAUACACCGAGACAGCAAGCGACGAUUCUGUAUCGAUCUCCAACGACGAAGCAUACACAGUGGUACGAUUUGGGCAAAGCGCAUACACAAAUAUCCGCCCCUUUGUCGUCGUGGAUGUAAGACGGGGCUUCGUGAACGCUUGUGGUAUCGGCACCUAUUCUGGUCGUGGAACUCUCAAGGAAGGUUGCAACCCAGCCGAACACACAAUGGUGUACUUAUCUGGGACUGAUCCUGCGUCAUGCUACAUUCCUGGCGAAUAUGAAAGUGGCAUGACUAAAGAGCCAAUCGAGGUUGUGCCAGCGGAACCAAGUGUGAGUAUCAGGAAGGAGUCUCGCAUCCGAUUCGGCAAAGUGUAUCCAAUCGAGAUGAACGUCGCAGUCAAAGACAUUGGCCGAGUUCGCGAAGACCAGAUCAGCGCACUGCUCAGCUACUGGCAGCAGGAAAACCAUACGCCGCCCCUUGCGUAUCCUCCUUCAUCUUCAACCGCCUUCUCUUCGAACAACUGGUCAUCGGGCGGGUUUUCUUCUCAGCAUGUGUAA